AUGUCAACCGAACACCAAGAGGCAGAUAUCGACUCUAUUGUUGAUAGAUUGUUAGAAGUCAGAGGAUCUAGACCUGGUAAACAAGUCACCCUUUUGGAACAUGAAAUCAGAUAUCUUUGUACAAAAGCCAGAGAAAUUUUCAUCCAACAACCUAUAUUAUUAGAAUUGGAAGCUCCUAUAAAGAUUUGUGGAGAUAUCCAUGGUCAAUAUUACGAUUUGUUACGAUUGUUUGAAUAUGGUGGAUUUCCUCCUGAGGCAAAUUAUUUGUUCUUAGGUGAUUAUGUCGAUCGUGGUAAACAAUCUCUUGAAACCAUUUGUCUUUUAUUGGCAUACAAGAUCAAAUAUCCUGAAAACUUUUUCAUUUUAAGAGGUAAUCACGAGUGUGCAUCCAUUAAUCGUAUCUAUGGUUUUUAUGAUGAAUGUAAAAGAAGAUAUAACAUUAAAUUGUGGAAAACAUUUACUGAUUGUUUCAACUGUUUACCAAUUGCUGCCAUUAUUGAUGAAAAGAUCUUUACCAUGCAUGGUGGAUUAUCUCCAGAUUUGAAUUCAAUGGAACAAAUUAGACGAGUAAUGAGACCAACCGAUAUCCCUGACGUAGGGUUAUUAUGUGAUUUAUUAUGGUCAGAUCCAGAUAAGGAUAUCACCGGAUGGUCCGAAAACGACAGAGGUGUUUCCUUUACAUUUGGUCCUGAUGUGGUCAGCAGAUUUUUACAAAAGCAUGAUAUGGAUUUAAUUUGUCGUGCCCAUCAAGUUGUUGAAGACGGUUAUGAAUUUUUCUCAAAAAGACAAUUGGUAACAUUGUUUUCGGCUCCUAAUUAUUGUGGGGAAUUUGAUAAUGCUGGUGCAAUGAUGUCAGUGGAUGAAAGUUUAUUAUGUUCUUUCCAAAUUUUAAAGCCAGCUGAUAAAAAGCCAAGAUAUCCUCCUUCAAAUGUUGCUAACAAUAGACCAGGAGCAACUCCAAGAAAGCCUAAGAAGACUGGAAAGUAA